ACGAGACAUAGUCAUCAAUAUGGUUGACCCGGGAAAGAUAAGUAAUGACCCGUUGAACGUCUUCGUCUUACCUAAAAAUGAAGAAGAAGACAGCUUUUAUCUCGACCUUCUAUAUGCUAUUUUACCAAGUCGAGAUUAGUUCAUACUACUGUACCAAACAUUUAACAGUGUCUCAGAAUAAUGUUCAGUUUAUAGUUAUUCGUUCAUCAUGAAGGAACAGUGGAGCAUUAGUGAAAAUCAGCUCGUAGCGUUGGAAGAAGGACGACAUCAGCACAAGCAAGUACACGUAAAGAAAAUCGAAUAUGAACCCAGCUAUUGCAUGCAAUGCAUAUCGUAUCUCAAAUUAAUAUUCUUAUUGCAAAUAAUAUUACUUUUUGGAUGGGGUUGUUACAUGAUCUUAGAGACUAGGAUUCCCCAAAGAAUAGAAAAUAAGGCUACGUAUAUCAUUCCUGAGAGAUAUCCGUCAAUAUUUGAACCACCAUCUGAGAUACAGAAAUCACGUCCAAGUACAGAAGCGCCUGUAAUAUUUGUCAAGCCUGAGGUCAUCAUAGAUAAAUUAAAUAAUUUUCUGGAAGGUAUGGAACUUACGAAAGAGCAAAAUUUAAUACAAAGCAAGACAGUUGUAACAAACAUGGCACACAGUGUAGUGUCAACAAAUACGCAAAAUACUAAUAAUAUGCAAAAUAACGACGCGAGAGUAAGUGAUGUCACCAGUUUAUCGACAUUAUCAUCUGAAAAUAUAGUACAGGAUGAAAAAUUUACGAAUAGUUUGGUGCCGCAGAAAAUUUCUUCAACUAAAUAUGUUGAUGAAAACGUUAACACUGUGAUGAAUGAAAAAUCUCUUUAUGAACAAUUUUUGGAGAAAUUGCGAAUUAUAGAUAAGUUAAAAGAAGCUAAUAAUUUAGAAAUGUUCGACAGCAAGAAUGAUUAUACUGAGGAUGCUAAUCAAUUGACGUUAAAAAGCCAAGAAAAUGACUUGGAUAUGUUCAGUAAAUUUGAAAGCUUAGAAUUAGAUGACGCAAUAAUUUUAACUGUUGAAAAUUUAAUGGAAAGACUUCGUAUGGUCAACAUGAAUCUGACAAAUGACUCGCAAGAAUUGAAACAGAAAAUUUUCAAUUUAGACGGGGCGCAAAACGAUUACAGUGUAGAGCUCACAAAUAUCUGGAAAAAUGUGAAUCAGAGUUUUUCCUGUCUUAAAUUUUCCGAUAUAGUCAAAAAGAUGCAAAAUGAUCAUAGUUCUUUUGAAAUAAGCAAACAAAUAAAUAAAUAUUUGAAAUUGGAUUUUAACAUCUGUCUAUCUACUGAGUUUCAUGAAUUCUUUUAUACGUCAUUAAAAGACAUAAUCAUCUCUUUCAUUUCUCAGCUUGAAUUACAAGAAAUGCAAGAACUACAAGAAAUACAAGAAAUUUCAGAAGAAAAUGAAGCUGGAUCACGUGACGAUAUUAAUGCAAGAAAUGAAGAUGGAGAUAAUAGCAAUAUGUCAACAUCUUUGAACGCAUCUGAAAAUCAAGAUUAUUUUAAGUUUAUUACAUUGACAGCCAUUACGCCAAAUACAGAACAGCAACAUUCAUCAGAGAAUAUUAAAAAUGAAGACGAAAAAUAUGAUAUGACGGAAGAUAUUAAAAAUCCUUCGAAACGGUUUUUAGAACCAACAGCGGAAGAUAGCGUGGAAUCUUCAAAUGUUAAUAAAUUCCAAUGGUUUAAUGCGCCUCCGCUUUUUGCAGAUAGUCUUGAACGGAAAGAUAUAUCAGAAGAAUUUAGUAAGAUGAAAAGUUCAUUAUUUUCGGACCCGCAGCAUGAGAGCACAGUAGUUGACGAUGUUAUUCCAGGAAGUAAAUGUGAGAUAACGCUAGAAAUGGAAAUUCUUAAAAUAAAUUGUUCCGGUAUUAGAUUUGAUGAGCAAUGGAAUUUGACUUCUUCCGAAAUACAUCCAAUUGAUGAUUUGAUUGAUGAUGCGAAAGUUACUAAUUCCGGAGAUAAUUUUUAUUUGGACUACUACCUUGACGAUUUCCCUGAACAAUUAGAUGAAAUAAUAACGGGAAUUGAUAAUGAGAAUUCUAAUAAAGAAGUUACAACUCCGCAAGAUACCGUACAUGAAACAAUCAACGCGGUUGAAUUACAAGAAAGCACACCAACAGCCGAAACUUCAAACAGUGCAAUUCGAUCACAAACGGUGAAGUCAGCUGAUAUGUAUAGGUUAUUUACGUUCCCUCUAGAUGAAAAUUACGAUAUAAUAAAAGAAAUAACAGAAACAGUCACGACGAUAUCUCCUUUUACCUCUGAAUUUGAUUUCAGUAUUAUUUCGCACAAAGGACAUAAUCUAUUUCCUGAAAUUUCCGAUACGCAACGAGAAAAACAGUUCAAAAUCAUCAAAGAGCAAGAUUCCUCAAUUUCUGAUAAUAUUAACAUUUCAAAUGAUUGUAAAUGUCUUCAUAGUUUUGAAGAGAAACUAAUUUCUGCGUUAAAUUCCGAAGCGUUAAAUAUCAUGGCACCACAGUAUCGAUUAAGAAAAUUUUAUGAAGAUAAUUAUCCGAAUAACAUAUGCAUUAUCGCUCCUCACUUAUGUACUACCUCUCCAUAUUCCUUGCACGACCAAUAUACCAGUUUAAAGAAACUUUUGGAAUAUUUAGAAGAACGCGACAAUAAAUUUGAUAUAAAUAAUAAUAAUCACAGAAAAAAACGAAUGACCGACGAGUUAACAUGGCAACAAGAGCAAAUAUCAAACACAGUAGAAGAUGAUAAAAACGUGGAUUUAUUAGUAAAUUUGAAAAAAAUUUUUCAAAAAAUGGAAAUACUUGCUGUCUGCAUCGACAGACUUCACGAACGAUAUCUUCUUCAUAAUAAACUGGAUGACGAUUAUACUUCAAGUGAAUUUCCGCUGGAAGCUGAAGAAGACCUCGAAUUAUAUACACCAAGACCUUUAUAUGAAAAGUAAUCGAAAAAUUGCUUACUAUUUUAAAACAAAUUGUAUAAAUAAUUUAUAAAAAUGUUAUUAAAGUUAUUUAUAAUUAAGUUUUAUACCAAUUAUUACACACAUCAUAGAAGUUAUUCUUAUAAUUAAAACAAAUAUAUAAUCUUUUCCUAAAGCGCA